CGGUAUUCUUUCACCACAACAAAAAACAGCUGGAAGACGUACAAUAUGGCCGCCGCGUCGGUCGUAGGGCUCGAAGCACACAACAUGGAUGAGAAGAAAUUCCAAUACUUCUCGUCCAUCAAUUCCAUGGCCAAGAAGAUCAUGCAGGAGCGGGAGAAAAUCAAAAACCAGCACGGCUCGACGUGGGACAAAAUGUCGCCGCAAGAGCAGGACAACGCCAUCGACAACUGGAUGAUGGACCCGCACAUCCAAGCCCGAUAUGCAAUGCACCGGGUGGACCGGGAGGAGGUGGUCUGCUACCCCAAGCUCCUUAUAGAGACCGGACAGAAGAUCGUCCGUUUUGGGGAAGAGGACAUCACAUGGCGAGACGAGCAUUCAGCCCCAUUCUCAUGGGAAACCAAGAGCCAGCUGGAAUUCAGCUUGACACCUGGGCCAGACCAGGGCAUUUACGUCUCUCAGGGGGACGCCAAACCUGCAAAGACCCCUCACUCCACUCAAAAUGGCAAGAGUGCUACUGGAACCAAGGUGUCGGUGAGCGAAAGCAGGCGUCCCGAGGAGGAGUCUGCUUUCUGGAAGAUCAGCGCUGAGCGUUCGCGCCUGGAGGGCGAGCAAGCAGACUUCCAGUCACUGACGCCCAGCCAGAUCAAGUCCCUUGAGAAAGGGGAGAAGACGCUGCCCUCGUACCUCCGCCAGGAGACGUCUUUCCCCGUCAAAGAGCCGGAGUCGGAACCUCACCCUCUGGCGCUGUCCAGGCCGGCCAAGCAACGGGCACCCAAACCUCCUGCACCACAGCCUCCUGUCGCCGCACCCCCGGCUCCUGCCGCGAUCUCUAUUUCGCCAACACCCGUCCCUCCGCUCAGCGUCUCGUCAUCGGUGGCAGGCUGGGAGCGGUCGCAGAGCACUCUCCCAGUUGUUAGCUACACCGUGGAUGAGGUGUUCCCCAGCCCCCUUGUCAAGAGCCCCACUUUCCCCGGCAACAAGGAGAAAGAGGACAACGCCUCGCCUGGUAGUCCUACCUUUUCCCAGUUAAACGCCAGCAACAACAUCCUGAAGACAGGAUUCGACUUUCUGGACAACUGGUAAACCGGGCGGUGAAUAAGGGGCCACUGGAUGACGUCAUCGCCACUUCACCGACAUUCCACUCAUCCAAUUACAUGCCCCAAUUUUACCGUUUUUGAGGUGUUUGUUGUUAUGAACACUUCUCGCUUACCACUGCCUGACCUCUAGACUCCUUUACCAGACCUUUGCCAUGCCAAUUGCAUCAGCAUCCGUUAGCUUGAUUGGUGUUAGCGAGCGCCACCAAUUUCACUCAUUACAGAGCUUUUCUCUUGAAGUGCAAAAACUGCAACGUAUGCUCUUGUUUGGUGAUUAGCUCUAGCACAAUACUUUCUUGCUAGUGCGUGUAAACAUGCAGUAAAGCCUUUGUUGUUGUUUGUUAGCCACAUGCUAACUGCCUUGGCUAAUGUAAUGAGAGCCAAUUCCUUUAGAAAUCAUAUCACAUUUUGUUUUGACUUGAGAGCCAAAAUACUACAGUUCAGCAAGAAGGUACUCAUGGCAACAACAUAGUAAACCCCACCAAUUGCUAAUUGUAGCCCUCAUCUAAAUGUUACAUUCAUUGUUCUUGGAUGAAUGUUUAUCAGGUACUUUUGUAGCCUUGUGUUGACCAAUCACACACACGAGUUAGCAUCACGUCGCAUGCUCGUCUGAAUUCUUACACAAGACGUCUUUUUAAAGGCGAUGUUGCGACGGGUCCUAAAUGCCACUUGAGAACUAUUUUACUGAGAUAUUAGUGCACUGGUUUUCAGGACCACCAUGCAUGUGCGCUCGCUUUGCAUUCUGUGAUUAUGAAGUCACAUUGCAAUAAAGAAAAAUCAGGAAAAAGU